AUGGCUGCUGAGGGAACUCCCGCGGGAGACAUUGCUCCCAACCCUCCCCACGAAGCAAGGACUUCGCAAGAGAAGAAACAGCCAGUUGAGAAUGUCUCCCCCAAAGAUGAGUUUUCUUACGAGGCCGCCGAGGCUGCUCGAGCCACUUCGGCGGAGCAGAGUAUGACAUUGAUGCAAGGUCUCAAGACAUAUCCUCACGCUGUGGCCUGGUCUGUCCUCAUCUCGACUGCCAUUGUCAUGGAGGGUUUCGACAAGGUCCUCAUUACCAACCUUUUCGCCAACGAUGCCUUCAAGGCAAAGUACGGAGACUUACAGCCAGACGGCUCCUACGAGCUGACUGCGAGCUGGCAGACUGCCCUAUCAAUCGCAUCCAUGGCUGGUGAAAUUGUUGGUCUUACCAUCAAUGGUAUUGUCGCUGAGAGAUUCGGCUACCGCAAGACAAUCAUCACUGCCAUGUUCCUCGUCAUCGCCUUCAUCUUCAUCGUCUUCUUCGCUCAGAGUCUCCAGCACCUUCUGGCUGGUCAGAUCCUGCUCGGUCUGCCAUGGGGUGUGUUCCAGACCAUCACCGUUGCCUACGCUUCUGAGGUCUGUCCCACGGCACUCAGAGCCUACCUGACCACAUACGUCAACCUCUGCUGGGUUAUUGGCCAAUUCAUCGCCUCCGGCGCUCUGCGGGGCACAACCAACAUUACUACCCAGUGGAGUUACAGGCUCCCCUUUGCUCUCCAGUGGAUAUGGCCUGUUCCCAUCAUGGUUGGUGUCUAUUUCGCCCCAGAAUCUCCAUGGUGGCUUGUGCGUACUGGCCGCCGAGACGAAGCCAGGCAGGCUCUUCGUCGUUUGACAUCCAAGCAUCGAGAUGACCCCAAUAUUGACGUCGACCUGGACGCCACCAUCUCCAUGAUGGAGCAGACCAACUCGAUGGAGAAGGCACUGGUUGCGGGCACGUCGUACUGGGACUGCUUCAAGGGCAUCAACUUGCGGCGCACUGAAAUUUCAUGCCUAACCUGGUUUGCACAAAUCUUUUCAGGUGUUGCUUUCAUGUCGUAUUCAACGUACUUUUACCAGCAGGCCGGCAUGUCAACUGAGCAUUCCUUCACCUUCACCCUGGUCCAGUACGGACUUGGAGCAAUCGGAACCAUGCUUUCAUGGGUCCUCAUGAUCCACAUUGGACGGCGCACAUUGUACAUUUCAGGAAUUGCAGCCAUGUUCGCUCUCCUCAUUGUCAUUGGUAGCGUGGGCGCCGCUAUCGACACCAAGACGCACGAGGCGGCAUCCUGGGCCAUUGGCAGCAUGCUUUUGAUUCUCACAAUGGUCUACGAUAUGACUGUCGGCCCUGUAUGCUACUCCCUGGUCUCAGAGAUAGCGUCCACGCGUCUACGAGCCAAAACGAUCGUCCUGGCCCGCUCCACAUACAACGUUGGAAAUAUCAUUGUCAGCAUCAUCGCCCCUCGCAUGCUUAACUCGACGGCUUGGGACUGGGGUGCCAAGGGUGCCUUCUUCUGGGCUGGAUGCGGUGUGCUGUGCAUCACCUGGGCCUACUUCCGCCUGCCAGAACCCAAGGGUCGUACUUACGGUGAGCUCGACGUCUUGUUUGAGCAGGGAGUUUCGGCUAGGAAGUUUGCAAGCACUGUUGUCGACCCCGUGGCGGCUGCUGAGCAUAUCAUCAAGACGGAUGCGAAGACUGCUUCCGUUGUCGGGUGA